AUGUCUAUUCUGAACACAGUGUACCGCUCGCUGUUCCGCCGGACUUCCACCUUUACUCUCUCCAUCGUGGUCGGAGUAGUGUUGUUCGAGAGGGCGUUCGAUCAGGGGGCUGAUGCGUUGUUCGAGCACCUGAACCAAGGGGUAAGGACCCGGGAGUGA